AUGGACCCUCCUGCCACCAUGAGGUGGCCUAAUCCCUCUUCAGGUCUUUGGAGGCCCCCUUCAAGAAAGAAAUUUGUAUAUGUUGAGCCAUCUAGGAGAGUUAAAGAAAUACUUGAAGAGGAGCUUUCUUUUCAGAGAGAAGCAUGCCAUAUUAAACAUCCAGCUGCAGUGGCUCUGGAAGGAAUUUGGAGUAUGAAAAAGAAUUUCUCCAUUGGAAGCCUGAAACCAGUGUCACAGAACAGAAACGGUUUACUUUUACAGCCCCAGUUCUACUCAAGGCAUGCAGGAAUUAAAAGUAAGAGCCAAUAA